UGUACAUUGACGCGGUGUGAAUCCGGGUCUGGAGGAAGAUAACGGGUCCUGCCAGCCUAGAAACGAAAAAUCGCUGUUCUCGGAGCUUGAUGUGCGUGUUCAGUUUUUAUUUUGUGUGGCGUUUGUCGAAACAUCAUCAUCGCUCCCAGGCCAGCCCGAACUGCCUCGCGACCAUAUGCGCUAACUGCAGCUCUGUAGCUAGCUGAUGAUGACGAUGAUGAUGAUGAUGCAUCAGUGGAUUUAUCCCGGUGUCUCGGACUGAGAUGGAGCCAGCGACGCUGAAGUGGAGUUGCUUGCUAGCGAGCUAGCGAGCUAACAGUGCCCGCUGGGAUUGACUGUGCCCGAGCAGCCCGGGAUAACGUUAGCUAAAUGGGUGCAGUGGCGGUUUUAUUGCACGGAGUUUCUCUUAACGUUAUCGGAUAUCUCCACCUCUGUCCUUUGAUUUGAUAGAGGCUGGCCAUGUUAACUAGCAAAAAAUGCUAACUUGACCGUUAAGGUUAGCUGCACGUGACAUAAUUUAUCUCGCUUCAACAAUUAGCUACAUCUCUGACCGUCCUUGGAUGCUUCAGCGACAGUAAUUGGACGGCGUGUAUCAGGAUGGCACAGCUCUUGGACGGGGCCGGCAAACUGGGCUGGGUUCUGCUCCGGUGUGUGCUCCGUUUUGUGUUUAUGUUCUUCAACAACUGUGUAGCCAUCCCAUCCUACUGCUUAUACCUGCUGCUUCUGCAGCCGCUGAGAAUAUGGGACAGCUCCACUUUCUGGCACAUUGAAGGAAUCAUGUUCAAAUGGUUGCUGGCCAUGGUGUCUUCAUGGGGUUGGAUCGCAGGUUAUACAGUAACAGAAUGGGGUGAUGAUGUGCGGCCCAUCUCCGAAGAUGAAGCUAUGGUCAUCGUCAACCACCAAUCCACAGGAGACGUGUGCACCCUCAUGAUGUGCCUGCAAGACAAGGGCACGGUGGUACGAAAAAUGAUGUGGCUGAUGGACCAUGUAUUCAAAUAUACCAACUUUGGCCUAGUGUCCUUGAUCCAUGGGGACUUCUUCAUCAGACAGGGUAAAGCUCACCGAGACAAGCAGCUGGUCUACCUGAAAGAUCACCUAGACAAAUACUACCACAGCCGCGACAGGAAGUGGAUAGUGCUGUUUCCCGAGGGCGGCUUCCUGCGCAAGCGGCGGGAAACCAGCCAAUUGUUUGCAAAGAAAAACUCUCUCCCCCACUUGACCCACGUCACGUUGCCGCGUCUUGGGGCCACCCACAUUAUCCUGAAAACCCUUUCAGCCCAACAGGAGAACGGCAGUGUGGGGGGCGACACCGGGACCCCAAACCAGACAGGUACUAAACGUAAAGGCCUGCAGUGGGUAAUAGAUGUGACCAUAGCGUACCCCAAGGCAAGACCCAUGGACAUCCAGACCUGGAUCUUUGGCUACAGGCCUCCUACAGUCACACAUGUACACUACAGGAUGUACCCAAUAAAAGAGGUUCCUGUGGAGGCUGAGGCCCUGACCGACUGGCUGUAUCAGAGGUUUGUGGAGAAGGAGAAGCUGCUGGCCCACUUCUACCACACAGGAUCAUUCCCACCUGAAGACAGACAGAAGGAGGCAGCUUCCCGGCAGAUGACCCUGGACCCCGUGUGGCUGUGCUUGAUCCAGUCAUUUGCGUUUGUCUCGGGCUACAUGUGGUACAGCGUCCUCCAGUACCUCUACUGCUGUUUAUUUUGAGUGCACUGAUGAGGCGAGAGUCUUUCUCGGACCACUGGAAAAGCCUCAGGAUCGGUUGGUGUGUGGCCCGGCGUCAUACUCGCCCCAUAACGAUGGAUGAAUGUACAUUUACAAACCGAGGAAAGACUUGACAGGAAUAAAAAAUAAAACACACAAACACACAGAUAACAAAUACCCGUACAAUAUGAAACUGGUCACAGGUGUAGUUAAAAUGCACACAAUCCUAACACCACACACUCGCUCCAGUAAUCUCUCGCACUCGUCACGACUCACAUUUCGAUGUUUACACGUCCUCAUACACGUAGACGCUCACACGAACCUAACUUUUUAUUCAAAGUUAAAUGAAAAUGAGGCUCAGGACUCUUCCAGAAGACACUCUGGACUGAACUCUCUUCCCUCUCCUAGGCUUUAGCCGCGGUAGUUUUACAGAGUAUAAAGUACGUAUGAACGAGUGCGUGUGAGUGGUGACUAGAAGCAAAAUGUCUGCCCUUAAUCCUCUUCCUGGUAAGAGUUGAUGAAGCCCACUGGACCUCUCUCUCAGCGCGCUGACCACGACCUUCCAGAGCAAGCGGCUAUAUGAACGUUGAGGCUGCGCAGCCGGCCGCUCCUCUGGCUUUCAUUGCACUAAGGAUCCAUACUGCCCUAACCGCUCUGUGUCCCAGGAAGUACUCCUGAGUGGUAGCUGUGUUUUUAUUUCUUUUGUUUUUCUUCCUCUACCCGCAUAUCUCCACAACAACAGCCAUUGUAUUUGUUGUUGACAUCUGUUUGUUUGUUUGUUUUUUUCCUCCUUCCUGUCUGUUGAGGCAGUAUUCUGAGCUCACUGAGAAAAAGGGGGAUCAUGUUUACACUGGCGGCCCUGCUGAAAGCCUAAAAGGGAUUUGUGGCCAUGAUGCAGAGCGUGGUUCAGGACAUUAAACAGAGGAAGAGGAGAUGGUGCUGUAGUGCUACAAAAAAAUAGGAGGGUGUCAAGAAUUGCAGUUUGAUCACCUUAAAAAAAGAAGAAAAAAAGCCCUCCCUCCUUGUGGAUUCCCUCUUUUCACCUUCUGCUCUCCAACAUGCAUACACACUUACACAAACAAUGUGCACACACAGCCAUGUGCAGCUACACACCGCAGAAUCGGCGUCCACGUCGUAAAGGAUCAUCUCAGCGAGCCAGUCUGAGAAGGCAGAGACUCUUACUCCCACAUCGGACUAUAUAGUUUUACAAAUAUUUAAGCCAUAUGCUUAGUGUUGUUGGGACAGGGACGAGAAAUAAAGAAAAAAAGGUUUUUAUAGAAAGUUACCCUAAUGUUGAGCAUCUAAAAUAGAGAUUUUGGCUUACUAUAGGUGUCAUUACUGUACAUUUACAGCAUAACCUGCCUAAGUGAGUGUGUGUGGUUGUCUUCUCCCCCCAUUUUUGAUAUAUACAAUUCACGUGGUGUCGCUCCGUGACGUCAGAGAGCGGCGGCAGUCUCACCACAAGUGGUCAACUUUGAUUUCAUUUUAAAACUACAUGAACUGUCGUCUUCAUGUCAUGGUAUGUUUAAAUCUUGUACAUAACAAAGAUGAGGAAGAGUUUUCAUUGUUGGAAAUGACUGCAGCGUUUAUCUCUUUUUAUUUUUGGUCUGUGAUAAUUUCAGAGAAUUUUAAGUUUAAAAUGUCAUGAAUGUUUUUUUAAAGAUGACAACUAUGAAAGCAAGGAUUUCCCUUCACUUCUCAGUGUUAUCCUGUGUUUUUAAUUUAUUUCAGUCUUUGUUUUAUUGUUGAAAUCCUGAGCAGGAGGUUGUUGUUAGAGCUACUGUACGUCCGUGUCACACAUGGACCCAGUUUCAAACUUGUACUGUCGUACAUUUUAAGAUGAUCAGGAUUCAGAGGAAAACCUCGACUGUCAAGCCUUACCUGAUGUCCUGGUGGACCACAAUCCCAAAUAAUGCUGUUUCCUCAAACUCCCUGAUGGGAAAGAAAAAAAAACACAAGAUGUUGUGAUAACGAUGGUUUGAUGGUGUAAAACUUUGAGGAAGGGAUCACUCUUCACUUCAGAGGGAAACUCUGGCAGGGCCCUGAAAUGAUGCAGCUGUUCUCUCUCGAAUGUACUCGUGUCGUGGUUUUCAAGUCGAGUAAAUGUAAUUUGCUUAGCCUGCUUAUUAGGAGAAAUAUAGAGCAGCAGAAACUAUCAUUGUCAUAAAUCAAUGCAUAAAGGAGUAGUUUUUGUGACACUGUCAGUAGAAAACUGUGUGAAAUGCAAAAAAAAGGGCUACCUAACAGGUAGGUAAAACAUUUCAAAUCCAGCUGUAGAUGUGAUUCAUCCAGUGGCCCUUUCAGAUUCCCCUCCAUCGUGAGAGUGACUUGAAAUAAAGCUCCAUCUUUUUUCUUUUUUUAAUCAUGUUUCACUUUUUCUUUGUCAAAUUUUCUGACCAUAUUUCCAAAGAAGGCAGGGAAAAAUGUUUUCCUAGAUGUGGUUUUAGGAAAUAAAACACAAUAGGGAUUUAAACAAAUUAUACUAGAACUGUCUGCAAUUUUUCCAUUUUGUACUUCUCCUUUAAUUCCUAGCUACACAGCCAUUUUACAACACAAAAGACUUGUGCUGGAAUAA